AGGGUGUGACUGCUCACACGCCGCGGAGCCGAGCUGCGAGCAGCAGCCGUGAGACACCCUGGGCCAGGGGCCGUAUGGCAAGGAGGGCUUUGGGGGACUAAGCCCAGCACAGACGGUGUUCGGUGGCCUCGUGUUGUGUGUGCAGUGCAGCCCCUGUGCCCGUGCUCUCCAGCCAUGCUCCACUCCCCGCUGAAAACGGCGCUGGCCUACGAGUGCUUCCAGGACCAGGCCAGCUCCACRCUGGCCCUGCCCUCGGACCACAAGCUGAAAACCAAGGGCACUGGCAAGCAGCGGGUCCAGGAGCAGGUGAUGAUGACRGUCAAGAGGCAGAAGCAGAAGUCGUCGGUUUCGUCAAGUGUGGGCCACUCCAACCGAGGUUCCAUGUACGAUGGUUUAGCUGAUGGUUACGGCUAUGGGACGUCCCGGGGCAGCUACUACACCAAAACCCAGACAGGGAACAGCACCUGGGGAUACCCGCUGUACAACGGGACGCUGAAGCGGGAUGCAGAGAGCCGGCGCUACAGCUCCUACAGCCAGAUGGAGGGCUGGGCCAGCCGGGCGCACGGCAAAGCCCUGUGCAGCCCCCGCGCCGGCAGCGACUACUGCUUCGUGCAGAACAUCAAGAGCAGCCGCAGCGAGCCCGACCUCUACUGCGAGCCGCCCCGCGGCACCCUGCGCAAGACCCACGGCGUCGGCCGCACUGAGCACAAGGCCACCCUCAACCGCCAGAGCAUCUACAGCAGCUGCAGCACCCAGCAGGGAACCUCCAGGACCAGUAAAAAAAUGCCGGCGCGGGCCCUGUCCUGCCCCUCCAGCAACAAGCCUGACGUCGUCUAUGCCCAGCCCAUGAUGAGCUGCAAGCAGGACGGGGUCUACGGCCAGGCCCAGUCCAGCUCCAAGAUCUGUGGUGACGAGAUUGACGCUGGCACCAUGACCAUCCAGAAGGCCAUCCAGCUCCUGUGCUCCUCUGAUGACAAGUACCAGGCCAUGGGGGCUUACUACCUGCAGCACACCUGCUUCCAGGAUGAGUCUGCCAAGCAAGAGGUCUAUAGGCUGGGGGGCAUUGCCAAGCUGGUGGAGCUGCUCCGCAGCCAGAACCAGAACGUGCAGCGGGCGGCGGCAGGAGCCCUCCGGAACCUGGUGUUCAAGAAUCCCACCAACAAGAUCGAAACCCGGCGGCAGAACGGGAUCAGGGAGUGCGUGAGCCUCCUCCGCAGGACGGGAAACACUGAAAUUCAGAAACAGCUCACAGGACUGCUCUGGAACCUCUCCUCAACUGAUGAGCUAAAGGAAGAAUUGAUACAGGAGGCCCUGCCUGUGCUGACAGACUGUGUUAUCAUCCCUUUCUCGGGCUGGUCUGAUGGCGGCUGCAACAGGACACGAGAAAUUAUUGACCCAGAAGUGUUCUUCAAUGCCACAGGGUGUUUGAGGAACCUGAGCUCUGCAGACAUGGGGCGCCAGACCAUGAGGAACUACCCCGGCCUGAUUGACUCGGUCAUGACUUAUGCCCAGAACUGUGUGGCCUCCAACCGCCCUGAUGACAAGUCUGUGGAGAACUGCAUCUGCAUCCUGCACAACCUCUCCUACCGCCUGGAUGCUGAAGUUCCCAACAAAUACACCCAGCUCAACCACAUGGCCCGGAGCGUUUACACGGACAAGACUCUCACAGGCUGCUUCAACAGUAGGAGUGGGAAGAUGGAGAAUGAUGAGUAUGGGGUCCCCCUUCCUGAGGAGGAUUUCAAGCCCAAAGGCCCCAGCUGGCUCUACCACUCAGAUGCCAUCCGCACCUACCUGUCCCUGAUGGAUCAGAGCAAGAAGGAUGCCACCCUGGAAGCUUGUGCUGGAGCUCUGCAGAACCUCACUGCAAGCCGAGGGCUGAUGUCCAGUGCCAUGAGCCAGUUGAUUGGGCUGAAGGAGAAGGGGUUGCCCCGCAUCGCUCGGCUGCUCCAGUCCAACAGCUCAGAGGUUGUCCGGUCCGGGGCCUCUCUGCUGAGCAACAUGUCCAGGCAUCCUGUGCUCCACAAAACCAUGGCUCACCAGGUGCUCCCAGAUGUGUCCCGUCUCCUGUCAUUCCAGUCUGGAAACACCAGCAGCUAUGGGGAGAUCAUGACAUCGGCUUGUUACACUCUGAGGAACCUCAUCAUGUCCAGCCCCCACCUGGGAAAGUCUUACCUGUCCAGCAACUUGUUAAAUAAUGUAGUGAGCCUAUGCCGGAAUGGCUCCUGUCCGAAAGCAGCUGAGGCUGCUCGGCUCCUCCUGACAGACCUUUGGUCCAACAGGGAGCUCCAGAGUGUGCUCAAGCAGCAAGGGUUUGAUAAGAACAUGAUGGGAUCUUUAGCUGGAACAACCUUCAGGACCCUCUCCUCCAGAUUUUAGAGCCUCUCCAUGGACGUUUAGGCUGCAGAAUUCGGAGUUGGUUCAUGUCCAGGAAGAACAACCCUUCCUCGAUUCCUUAGGAUGUUAAAGAUGUAGAGAGUUUCUGAGUUCAACUCUACUGUAAAGCAAACCAAACACGUGGAUUUCAUGUGGAUGACACUGAUAUUUUUAAGCAUUUUCAUCUUUUUAGGGGGAAGAAGGGACUUUUAUAUACUUUCUCAAUGUCAAUAUUUUUUUUUUUUUUUUUGCCAAGAGUGUGUCUGUGUAACUCUGGGUCUGGUGUGGAGGUGUGUGCAGGCAGCACACACAGGACACACGUGGGGAGCAGGAUCUUCUUCCAGCUUAUUCCCCUUCUCCACCCAAAGUCAGGGUGAUUGUGCAAUUUAACCCCUUGGAGGGUUUUAUUCCAAUUCCACCCAAUCCAUGCACCAAAUACUGCUAUGCUAGAACUUUAUCACAAUCUAUUUUUAUCUACUAACACAAAAAAAAAGUCAAUUUUAGGUCAAGUUCCCCCUUUGCAUCUGGUCAUUAUUAACAGAUACACACAAAGACRCUCUUCUUUCCAAGGCUGGUUAUUCCUAACGGUUAUGAACAAGGGCUUCUUCUCUGUUUAGGUUUUCUCUGAUAAUUGUUAGCAUUUUCUUUCCUGUCACAUGAACUCUUUCUCUCAAGAAGCAAAUCAACACCUGCAGAUUCUCCCAGGUCUUGGUCACCCUUCCCUGAGGCUGCUUGUGAAGGGACAGUUGGGACAGAGCACAGACAUUCCCAGGGGGUCCUGAUCCAUUCUGAGCGCCAGAACAAUCCCAGCUCCUGAUUGUGCCUGGACAAAGGUGGCAUUUGAGAAGCUGAGCACGCCAGGCAAAGUGGUUUUCCCCUGGGAUCACAGACUGCUGAAGAGAGGGAUGUGGCCUCUUUAAUCACAUUUUGUUUUUAUUGGUCAAUGUAAAGAAAUGGUAUGUGCAAAGGAGUGUGAGCACUUGUGUGAUGUCAGGUUUGGAAAUGUUUCAUUUCUUGGGAUCUUGAAUUGCAUUAAUCUAUGUGUGAUGCUGAGGCUGUGAUGAGGCACUGCUGAGCUCAUUUCAGGGUAACCUGAUUCUUACAACCUUCUUCUCUCCGGAAGAAAAAUAUUUUCUCCCUGUCCCUGACAGGGACACAGCUCAAACCAACUGGGAAGGUGCAGCUGAGGCUGUGCCUGCUGCCUGUCCCACACACAGGAUUAUUGUGCUGGUUAUUAUUCUUCAAAGGUUGCAGGGGCACAGGGCCCCAUUUUUCAAACAUCAGGGGUUCAGGAGGAGCUUGGGAAGGGUGGAUUAUGAGCCUGGAAGUGGAAAAACAGUCUCAUUUUAAGUGUCAGACUCCUGAAUUGGUGGGACUCAGGGUGCUCACUUCGCAUCCCUGGGUGAAGUGCCCAUUAAAGAACCCCACUUGAAGUUGGGGUUUGCUCUGCUGCAGCUUCAUGUGGCCCUUCUCGGUCCCCAUUAGGAGCCCAGGGAGUUCCUGUCCACAGAGCGAGAUCAUUUCCAGCUGCUUUUCCUUUUGGGCUGCAAAGGGAGGCUUCACCUUGUGCACUCUGAUGAGAAUCCACUCUGCCACAUUCAGUCAGGAGUUUUCUGUGCUGAGCUGCGGCCAAAGGAAAGGAGGGGAAAAGCCCCUUUGAAGUGGAGAGGCAGAACCAGGAGAACCCAGUAGGACACAAGUGUUUCAGCAGGGUUUAAACAGAGCAAAGAGCCUCAGCCCAUGGGCAAAGCCCUUCCACCCC